AUGAUGGCGGCGGGUUGGCAGGCCUUGGCCUUGGCCUCUCUGUUCGCCUUAGCCUUGGCCAAGCCCGACGAGGUGCCUCUGGGCUGCUUCCUCUAUGGCUGGAAGAUCUCUGAAGCCAUCUGGGGCACCAAGAACCCUGUCCGCGCGACGGAUGUAUUGGCAUGUCAAAAGAUGUGCGAGGACAUUCCCGGCUGCCAGACCUUCGGGUAUCAGGUCGUCUUUCAGGAAUGCUGGCUGGGCUCCGAGAUGCAGGUUCCGAAGAGAGCCAUCGGCAACAGUUUCGUCUCCGGUCCUGCAAGAUGCACUGUUGCGGGCCGCUUCCAGACGGGGCUGGCGGCGUCUCCUGCAUGCGCUGCUUCACCGAGCCAGUCCUUUCCAGGUGACAGCCCCGUGCAGUCUGCCGCGGAUUUCACUUCCGGCAUGGUUCCGGUGCCAUUGCAGUGCUGGCCCCACUGGGCCACGACCGGGGAGCCGGCCCUCUGCAAGGGCUCGCCCAUCGAGACCCUGGAGGACACUGCCACCGGCUGGCCUGGCAGGUGUCUGGGGCUCCACGCCGUGCCGGAAGAGAACGACGACUGCGAGUCGAGCUGCCUGGGCAACGCUUCCUGCGCGAGCUUCCAGAUCACCAAGUCCAACGGCUUGCUCCAGUGCUGGCAGGGCACUGGUUACGACUGCUUCCGGGAAGGUCAGGUCGAGGUGGUGAAAGCCAAACGCUUCCUGCGGGGCCACUACCGGGUGCUGAAGGACCUGCGGGGCUACGAGGUCUCGGGGCUUCAGUACGCCUUCGGGAGUGACACCUUGGAUGUGGCCCAGGCCGUGAAGAUGUGCAAUCACACGUGCCUCUCCAACUUGCGUUGCCAAGCUUGGAGAUACUCCACCGGGGAUGGCUGCUGGUUUGAUGACCCGCUCCGGGGAGCGCUGGCCUACCCGCCCACCAAAGACACCUUCGUGCAGAUGACAGAAGCCGCCGCGCUGGUGGUGGCGGGAGAAUACAUCCAGCGGCUUUGCGAAGUGCCACAGGAUCUCACAGAGGUUACCACGACCUCGCAGCCUACUUUGCCACAGGUGCAACUCGCCACGCCCUCUCCAGUAAGUAGCACUGAAGGCAACCUGACACCCGCAGUGCUGGUUCCUUUGGCGCCGGUCGCGCCCGUCGCGCCGGUCGCGCCGGUCGCGCCAGUCGCGCCGGUCGCGCCGGUGGCGGCUGGGGUGCUAGCCACCACCGUCGCCCCAAUCACGGAGGCUACCAGCGCAGCCCCCACCACAUCAGCAGCCACCUCCUCAGCUCCGGCCGCAGUCGUUCCACCUGCUGUCCCAGCUGCGACGAUUCCCCCUCCCCCAGCCCCAGCACCGACCAUUCCACCUUCCGCAGCCGUGACCAUUCCACCUCCCCCAGGCCCAGCCCCAGCAGUUCCCGCAUCGGCGGCAGCCGCGGCCGCGGCCGCAGCAGCCACGGCCGCUGCGGCCACAGCCGCUGGAGCCACUACGCCAAUGCCCCGCGCCGCAGCCCCCAUGGCCCCCGUGCCCGUGCCCGCCACCGUAGCCCCCGUCACAGCAGCCAUGGCUCGGGAAACGGCGAAGGAGGCAAUGGCAAGGGCAGGCGAAGGGCUGCCUGAACCCCAGCGACGCUUCUACAAGGUGCUCUCAUCAGGCAUGGUGUUCUACAAGGAUGAAGCUUGCUGCACCCCAUCCCGGGCACGUGCGACACACUCUCUUGUCCGGACGAGCCGCUCGUGGUGGGUGCGUGCAACGCGGCCGUCCCCAUUUCAGAGGAGCUCGUUGCAGCGCAAGUCACCGGAAAGGACUUCUCGUGCCAUGAUUUGGAUGCAGGGGGAACCAGUUGGUGGGUGGUUCUACUCUGGGCCUUGCUGCUGUUGUGCUUCUGUGCUGCUUGCAAUUACGGGCUCUGGUACUUCUACGUGCCCAUCGUGA